GAACUCAUCUUUGCACAAGCAAUGACGAAUACAGUUUCAUCUCCUUCCCUUCCUUUAUCUCUUUUACAAAGAUCUCAAAACUCUCAGGUGUCUGAAGACUGUAAAGUGAAGGUUGAGAGUUUAAUACAGAGCUGCUGGACUGGGGAUGCGACUCAGGUUCUGCUGCCAAAGAAUUUUAAAGUUCCAUUUAUUGGUUGGCAUGCCGUAGAGUCUACAAUGAAACCCAGGAACCAGUACGAUUGGAAAGCUUUCUCUUGGGGUAGAAAUAUGCCCCGGGAAUAUGGAAUACCAAACCAAAGAAAGAUAAUGAAUCUGAACCGAGGCCUGUUUAAACAAAUGGGCAAUCAACACAAUAUCAGGUUCCAAGAUCAACAUUUUCUGGAAGGAAAUAAGAUUAGACAGUUUAUUAGGCGACCUGAUGGUAAACUAGUCAGAUUCUUUUUGGAUGUUCCCUUCAUCAUAACUUCAUCUAAACCUUUGGAAAGUAUUGACCUAGACAUCAGUCAGUGUUCUGGAAUUCCUGAUGUGGCCCCAUUAAACCCUGUGGCAGGGUUACAGGAGGAAAAUGUUUACGAGUUAAAGAAUAAUUUUCCUGUUCUUUCCAGUCAAUUCAUUCAUCCAUACAUCCAUACAGUGUUCCGACAUAACUCCGGCCAUAUUGCUCCGAAAUUCCUGCCGGACAAGGAGAAAGCGAAGUGUCUUAUCCAGGCCUAUGCUGCAGCUAUAGGACAGGCGAGAUUACUGUAUGGAUCUGAUAUUAGCGGAGAUUUAAGAACCCCUAUUACUAUCAACAGUAUUUCAACCAAUGGUUCAAAGUAUAUGGUGACCAAGUUUCAGUUGAACUCCCUGGAUCUGAACUCAAGCAAACCCAACAUCUUCACAUACAAUCCUGAUAUACUGGAUUUGUUCGAGUUUUGUGGAUAUGAAGAAGGAAGAGUAGCAUUCUCAGGGCUUAAUACUGACACAUUCAGUUUACUAGAAGCGAUGAUGAUUGGGGAUGAGAAAAUACCUGAGGCAAAAAACAAGAUGUCGGCCUGAAAACCUCUUUGUCCAUCCAGACUUAAAAAUGUGGUCUAAAUUUAAUUUAUUUUGUAAUUCUUUCAAUUUUCAUUUAACUCUGUCCAGAAUAAAUGAAUAAUUU